AAAAUGAACUGUGGGUCAAUCUUGCUUCCUUCCCAUUUUUCUUUCUUCAGUUAACCAAUCGUGCUUGUUUCCUGUUUGAAUUUAUGCUUCAGUGAAGAAUAGUUAGUUUGGGUUGGGGAACAAGAUUGAAUUAACUUUUGGUGUAAUCAAUCUUGAGAGUUGACUGUCUGCUUCCUGUUUGAAUUUAUGCUUCAACGAGGAGAAUUGGGUCUGGCAAGAGUGCUUGGCUGCCAAAACUUGCAGUUGUGAGUGGAGAUUCUGAUGGUAUAAUAGGACAUGAUGAUGUGGCCCAGCUCAAGUCACAGAAGCACAUCAGAAAUGGAUUACAAGUCCUGUGCAGCAGUUGGGGGUGUAGCUGGCCAUUUUAAGAUCUAAUUCAGACUCUGACUUUUCCUCUCUCUGACCCAUAACGCUAGGCACCUGGUUUUCUAGUUCAAGAAGAGUGCCUUCUUUUUAACAUUGUGGUUAUUUUUAAAAGGAAAGCAAAUUCCUGAGCAAUGGAUAAGCAAGAUGUCUCCAGUUCAUGUUUGUUUGUCUCUGAAGAGAAGAGUGAUAGCUUGUAUCCCAUGUAUAUUGGCGUUUCUUGUGCUUUUUUUGCUCUGAAACUUUUGUCAGGACCUGCUAAGGAAGAUGAGAAAUGGUGUGAAUUGAGGGACAAAAUGCUUCAAGGAAGCAGCCAACUCCUUGGAUUGCUUAUUUGGAGAAUCCAAAGAGAAGGAGCCAAUGUAGAGAAACAUGAGCUUGUCCAAAAGCUUGAGGCUGCUGAACAAGAGGUUGAAGAGUUAAAAAGAAGGAGACAUGAAGAUGCAAAAGCAAAUGAGAAAGUUGUUGGAAUCUUUGCCUCUCAAGAGCAGAGUUGGUUGAUUGAAGGGAAAAAGCUCAGGCAGCAAAUUGGAGCUCUCUUGAAUCAAUUGAGACUUUGUGAGAAGAGGAAAGAACAAGCUCUAUCUGAAUUGCACCAGAGAUUGAAGGAGAUGGAGCUACUGGUGCAGUCUAAGGACAAGGUACUGGAGGAGGAGGAGCAGAAGAGGAAGGAAUUAGAAGAAAAACUGAAAAAGGCUGAAAAUCUUGCAGAAGAGUUUAGAGAAACUGCGAAACGUGAAGCUCAUGAACACUCCUCUGAACUCUGGAAGCACAAGACUGCCUUCAUUGAGCUUGUGUCUAACCAAAGGCAACUCGAAGCUGAGAUGGGUCGAGCACUUAAGCAAGUCGAAGCUAAGAAACAGGAGCUUGAUCUAGUCUUAGACCAGAAAGAGGAGUCAGUCUUGCUGGCUCAAAAACUCUCAGUGGAAAUGGUGAAGAUGCAUAAGGAUUUGGAACAAAAGGAUAAGAUCUUAUCUGCGAUGUUGAGGAAAUCAAAGUUGGACACAGCUGAGAAGCAAAUUCUUGUGAAGGAGGUUAAGCUAUCAAAAGUAAGGAGGAAGCAAGCUGAACUGGAAACAGAAAAGUGGAGGGCAAUGUCUGAGUCAAGACAUGAUAAACAUUCUUUGAGAACUAUGUUUGCUAGCCAAUUCAAAUCGAAACUUGAUAUUCCCUCAGGUGCAAGAGGGAUAUCAUAUGCUGGAAAAACCAGAUCACAACCUGCUGAUGACUAUGAUCAUCCUGAGUUAAGCAAGGACUCUGAUUGUGGAUUACCAGAAGGAAACGAAGAAAUAGGAACUACAACUGACAUCAAAAGAUUGGAAGAUUGGGUUCAUUCUGAAGCAGAAAAGUAUGCAACAGUCAUAGAGAAGAGGCAUUGCUUGGAACUAGAUGCUUUUGCAGAACAACUGAGACUGAAAGAUGAAAAAUUAGAAGCCUUUCGCUGGCGUUUGCUGAGCACAGAACUAGAAUUAAAGCGACUGCAGUCCCACAUCGAAGUAAUCAACCGCGAGAUGUCACAGCUAAAACAUGACAACAUGAAAUUGGAAGCCAUGAUUGUGGAGCGAGAAGAGGAGAUAACUUCUUUGAAAGAACAGUUUGCAUCGGAAACAAAAUCUUUGAGUAACCAGAAGACCAACGUAAGAACUUGCUCUUUGCUUGAUCCUUCAUCAACUAGUGAUGCAAUUUGGUCUGAAGUCAAGACUGUAAAAAGAAAACCAGCAGAGGAGCCAGAAACAAAAACAGUAUUGAUGGAAAUGCCACAAGGAAAAGAAGCGAAGAAAGAAAAGGAAGCCUCCUCACCUUAUGACCAGUCCAAGAAUGCUACUUUGAUAGUUCAGUCUCCUGAAAAAGAGUUCGAUGAAGUGACAGAAGCCUCCUUCAAAUUUCCUGGUGAAGAGGAAACUGUGAGUCCAGUCGAGGUUGAUACCAUUGAAAGGAUAAUGCCUAUUGGAUCACCUAGCGAGGCUUUAACUAAGAUGACGAGGAUGGAUCUUCAUGCCCUUGGAGUUUCUUACAAGAUCAAAAGACUGAAGCAACAGCUUCUUCUGUUUGACAGGUUGAUUGGAAAACAAGAAAGUGGGGAAAUUUCUGAAAACAAUGAUGAUGGGAUAAAGGGUUUUCUCCAAUUGAUGUCUUUGUUGAAUAAACAAGUCAGUCGGUACCAAUCCUUGCAAGGAAAGACCGAUGAUCUCUGCAAGCGAAUGCAUGAGAAUGAUCUUGGAACCAGUUGUGAAGGUCUCGGUGCAGAAACAAGCAAAGGAGAUACAAAAAGUCUUGAGCAUUUUCUUGAAGAAACAUUUCAGCUGCAGAGAUAUAUGGUUGCAACCGGACAAAAAUUGAUGGAAAUUCAGUCAAAGAUUGCUUCUACUUUCAUUGGAAUCCCUCAAGAGUUUGACAGCUCUUCCAGCUUUGACAUAAACCGGUUUGCUGACACCAUCAGAGCUCUCUUCCAGGAGAUCCAAAGAGGUCUUGAAGUUCGAAUAGCUCGGAUUAUAGGAGACCUCGAGGGCACGCUGGCCUGUCAGGGAAUGAAACGAUUCAGGAGAUAGUCCUGGGAAACCUGUUAGAAUCAAGAAUUAAAAGCAAUAAACCAACAAGUUAAAUGUUGAAAUUUUCACAUCAAAGUUGCUUCUAUAAAUAUUUUAUAUGGUCAAAAUUCUGUACAGAGAAAUUUCUCGGCUGAUAUAUCAAUGUCUAUGCUUCAAUCCCA